AUGGAGUUGUGGGUAAGCCAAGCAGUUGCAGGAGGCUUACCUUUAUCUGAUCAAAUACUUCAAGAAAAAGGCCUUGAGUUUGCAAAGAACUUUAAUAUUGAAGAUGACAACUUACGAUGCUCUAAUGGAUGGGUUUACAAAUUCAAGAAGAGAAUUGGUAUUCAUAAAAUUACUCUUCAUGGAGAAGCAAAUAGUGCACCAAUAGCUGACUUGGCGGACGAAAGAUUUAAAUUGCAACAGAUUUUAGCCAAUUACGAUCCUGAAAACAUCUACAAUGCUGAUGAGACAGGAUUAUUUUAUCGCAUGGAACCUAAUCAAACCCUGAGCACGAGUAGCACAGCGGAUUCAGGGACGAAUGAAACCGAUGAUGUUGAAAUCAUUGAUAAUUUACCAGAUCAACAGCGCAUGAUUGUGGAAAACUGCAUAAAUCUACUUGAUGCACUUGUCACUACUGAAGAAACCCUUUCAGAUGAACAAAUAAUUUCGUUAGUCAAUACAGAAGAUGGAGAGUCAAGUGAUGAAUCUGAUGAAGAAAUACCGCGUGUGCAAUUAAAAGAGGCUAAACAUGGCUUGGAAACUGCAAUUAGAUAUAUUGAACAGCAGUCUGAUGGUGCAGGCAUUGACUUCAAUGAUUUGC